CGAGACCACUGACAGCCAAACAACUUCUUCAAUGAGCGUUGAGACAACAAGCAACAAACGACUUCAAUCUACUUAUCUACCUAGUUUAGGCGGAAUCUUCUCUACUAUAAGAAACGAACCUGAAGAAACAACUAUGUUGUAUACCACCGAUGUAGCCAAUGACAACUCAUCAAUGUUGGUCAACGUUCUCGUCCCAAUAAGUAUUGUCCUUUUACUGGUCGCACUGGCAAUUCUAAUUGUUGUUCUAAAAAGGAAAAAACAAAAACAAAGCGGAAAUCCAGCAAAGAGCGACCAAUCAAACGCUGUAGCUUCUUCUUCCAACCAAUCAGGAGGUGGCAUUUAUUCAGCGGCAGAAGAUAUCAAUGUACAAAUGAGCGUAGCCAGUUCAAGUUGCCAAUCACAGCAAGGACAAAGCAAUCACGUUUCCAGUUUUAACCAAUCAGAUGUCGCAUAUUCCACAGUGGAAAAUAUUCAAGGAACAAAGCAAACAGUGGAAUAUCACAAAACAAUGGUGGAUAAUGUACUAUAUGGGGAAACAGGGGGAGGAAGCGUUGAUGCUCAGAAAAAAACACCAGGUGCCCCACCUAGUGACAAGGCCGAAACAGUGGUAAAUGUUCUAUAUGGAGCCACAACAUAGAGAGUUUCAUCCAUAUUCAGCUGACCUCAAAAGUACACACACUUUUCCAUCGACGAAAUAUGGCGUCGUU